AUGGCGUCUGCAAUGCGAUUGCCGCUUCCUUCAAGACGCGCCGCCCCGUCACGUUGUUUGUGUACUCCUUCUUCCUCCUUCCUGUUCACUCGCUCGUUCGCUUGCUAUUCCCUCACUCGCUGCGUCACUCAGAUCUCACUGGCCAACGUAGCUUCUCGCCAGCUCCUGGCUGUCGCUGCCAGCAAAAACAAAGCCAGCGCUGCUGCUUGCUUCGUUGAACUCGCAUCUCCUCUUACCUCGUCGCUGGCCUGUUCCGCGAAGGCGCGGCUGUCAUCGAGCGAGCGAGCGAGCGAGCGAACAAGAAGAAGAAGAAAGGACCCAAUUGCGCUAGCAGCGCGCCACAAACUCGUCCCAUCCUAUUCCACACAGCCAGGCGAGCUGGCAUAG